CCCAACGAGGCUCCCCAGGAAAGCGCCACCGCCGCUAGACCCGUUCCGCUGCGCGCCGCGCGGCCCGCCCCCUCCCUGCUGCCUUUGGGCGGGGUCCGUUUCCUGCGUGGGCGGGGUUUUGGCUGCCGGAGGACCGGCCCCCGGCAAGAGGAAUUUAUUAAGUGUAGUGAGUGCCUCGCUCCACUGCGUCACGCGGUACGCGGCCGCUCUCUGGUAGGCCGAUUGGGCGGCGCACGCGCUCUCGGGGAUCAAUGGAUCGGGGCUCUCCACUGGUCGCCGCCGGGAUUGAGGCGGGGGCGGGCGCCGCCCGGGCUCGCGCAGCGUCUGGGUAGCGCGCGCGGGUGUCACGGGCUUGUGUCGCAGAGCGUCAGGGGGUUUCUCUUACAAGAACCAAGGAAGUGGAGUUUAGUUUCUGCUGCUCUUAUUUAGGGUUACCAUAUGUCCUGUUUUCCCCAGACAAAGUCUGUUUUUUGAGCCUGCUUUCCCUGUCCCAGCGGGGUUUUCAAAUAACAGCAAAUGUCCCGGUUUUUGCAGCGUAGAGAAGCUGCAGUUCAGAAAGAGCCCCCGUUGAUCAGCUUCCCAAUUGGUCCCAGCCCUGUAUCCACUGCUGAUUGGGCCAUUCCCCUGCAUCCGCAGUUGAGUGAUCCUUUCCCCUGCAAGUCACAGCUGCUGAAUCCUGCUGACCCAUGCCCCCUUGCCCCACUCAGCCCAGGGGAAGCAAUCCCACAGGGUGGCGCUGACUGACUACUGUUGCUGUGUCCUGGGCUUGUGCUAGCUGCCCUGCCACUGUGACAGGGAGUGACACUGCCCCCCCCCACCUCCCGUGAGUACCCCUGCUGCAGGUACGCCCCCUUCAGCUUCCCUUCCUUUCCAUUGCCCCCGUUCCCUGCACUGUCUGCUUUUUGGGAACUUGAAAUAUGGUAACCCUACUCUUAUUCCCAUUCCUGGCGAAGUUUCCUGAAAGUGGUGUGGAUCAUGUUAACUUGCUUUUUACUCUGCUGAAAUGAUGUAACGGCAAUGAUAGCCAAGCCCAACACAGUCAGUAACCUCCCCAGCCAAAAUGCUGCAACAUGUUGCCUUCAUUCUCAGAUGCUUCAUCAGACACCAGUGGUCGAUUAAGAAGAUGCCAUUUAUAGUGCCGUAUUAGACUCUUCAGCACGCCUUGCUCCAUAGGCUGCACAAGAGAUGUUCCGUUUGGAAGGAGAAAAAAACAGAAGAUCGGGUCAUCUUGGGAGAGAAAAUGCUAUCCAUGAUGAGACUGUGCCUGGGUCCACUGUACAGAGUGGCAGCUGUCUGAGGAAUGGCAACUUGCAAACCCCAAGAGGAAAAAGGAAGGUCCAAGAACAGUGUGCACACAUACGAAGAAAUUCUUCCAGGAGCAGAAGGCCAAGCCAGCCUCAGAAUGGAGAAGUGGUUGAAGCAGUUACGUUGUUUGAAGUGGUCAGCAUGGGCAAGAGGGCAAUGCAGUCUGUGGUAGAUGACUGGGUUGAAGCUUAUAUCCAAGAUCGAGAUGUGGCACUUCUAGAUCUGAUCAACUUCUACAUUCAAUGCUCAGGCUGUCAAGGAAUGGUGACAGCUGAGAUGUUCCAAAGUUUGUGCAACAGUGAUGUAAUGCAAAAAAUGACGGAGACAUUUGAUGAGGAAACAGGAUUGCAAUACAAGAAAUUUAUGGCCUAUCCCUGGAUUCUGACUGUUACUUGGCCAGUGGACAUGGACAGUGGAGACUAUCCACUCAUCAAACCGGGACCCUACUGGAAGAAGUUCAAGGCCAAUUUCUGUGAGUUCACUGCGGUGCUAAUCCAGCAGUGUCAGUACAGCAUCCUCUAUGAUAGUUACCUGAUGGACACAGUCAUCUCACUGCUUACAGGGCUAGCAGACUCCAGGGUCAGAGCAUUCAGGCACACCAGCACUUUAGCAGCGUUGAAGCUUCUGACAGCACUUGUAAGAGUAAAUCUAAAUCUUGAUGUCAACAAAUGUAACGCUCAAAGGCUGUAUCAAGUGGAGAAGAACAGGAUUUCUGUCAAGAGGACCAAUCACAGACUGGACCAAUUAGAGAGAAAAAGGAAAGAGUAUGAACAGAAACCGCUGGAAAUAGAGAAUAUGAUGAAUGCUAUUUUCAAAGGGACAUUCUUACAGAGAUAUCGUGAUGUGAUUCCUGAGAUCCGGGCUAUCUGCAUUGAAGAAAUUGGCAGCUGGAUGAAAAUGUAUCCCGAUACGUUCUUAAAUGAUAGUUACUUGAAAUAUAUUGGAUGGAUGCUGUAUGAUAAGCAACCUGAAGUGCGGUUGAAGUGUCUGCUGGGACUGCAAGGAAUUUAUAACAGAAAAGAGCUGGUAUCCAAAAUGGAUCUCUUUACUAGCAGAUUCAAGGAUCGAAUUGUGUCCAUGACUCUGGACAAGGACCAUGAAGUAGCAGUUCAAGCCAUGAAACUCUUGAUGCUUAUGUCACAAAACUGUGAGGAUGCGUUAUCAUCUGAAGACUGUGAAACCUUAUUCCAGUUUGUUUAUACCACGCACAGACCUCUAGCAGUAGCAGCCGGGGAAUUCCUUUAUAAAAGGCUGCUUAGUUAUCAGGGAACUGAAGAGGAAGUCCCACCUAAAAGAAGAGGGAAGUUUGGGGCUAAUACCUGCUACAUGAGAAAAUUAAUAACUUUUUUCUUGGAGAGUGAGCUACAUAAACACGUCACGUACCUUGUAGACAGCCUGUGGGAUUGGACAGGCAGUUUGCUGAAGGACUGGGAGUGUAUGACCACUCUUUUAUUGGAAGCUGCUGAAGAAGAAGCACUGAGUGAUGCCCAGGAAAGUGCCCUCAUUGAAAUAAUCUUAGCGACCGUUCGAGAAGCUGCUGAAGGUCACCCUCCUGUGGGCAGAGGAGCAGCCAAGAAGAUCCUGUCAGCAAAAGAGAAGAAAAUACAAUUGGAAGAUUGUACCAAAAUUACUGAGCACUUUAUUGUGGUGCUUCCUCAGCUCUUGGCAAAGUAUUCAGCAGAUGCUGAAAAAGUGGCGAACCUCCUGCAAAUUCCCCAGUAUUAUGAUUUAGAUGUUUACAGUACUGGACGUCUGGAGAAGCACUUGGAUGCUUUGCUGAGAGUGGUGAAAGAUAUUGUAGCUGAACACUCUGACAUGGAUGUCCUCGAGGCUUGCUCCAGGACGUAUUAUGUCUUCUGCAAUGAAGAACUGGCCAUCCACAGGAGGGCGGAUCUUGCCAGAACUCAGCUGAUAGACGAGUUGGUGGACAAACUUAAUGAGCUGCUGGCUGACUCUUGGCACGAGGGAGAAGGUCUUUGCACAGAUGAAGAAGGAAUUUGCCGAAUAUAUACCACUUUGAGAAGAAUAGCAGCUUUUCAUAAUGCUCACAAUCUCACCAAAUGGAAUCUCUAUGGGAAGACUUCAAAGCUGCUGGUUUUUGAGAUGGAGUAUGGGAGUUUACCUGUUCAGAUGAUCCUACCAGCUCUACAGUGCACAUACUUUGCUCUCUUAUGGCAGCUAGCUUCAGCUGUGGAGAGGUCAUCUUCCAAGGAGACUCUUUUGGCAUUGAACAGAGAGUUGAGAUUUUUCUGCCAGAUUUGUGCAUGCUACCUCAGCCAUAAAGAUAAAGAUUUAAGUGAAAAGGCCUUCAUGAUACUCUGUGAUUUACUGAUGAUUUUGAGUCACCAAUCUUCAGGUGACGAUGAAGCUGUAGGAGUCCUUCAGUAUCUUCCCAGCACAUCCCUUCAGUCAAAAAUGCUCUUGUUUAUCCAGGAUCAUGUUUUCACGGAGGAGAAAGAAGAAAUCAAAGACUUGACAGAAGAGGAGGAGAGGGAAAAGGAGGGCUACAAAUUGAAUGAUUUACACAGGAGGCGGAGUCUUCUUGCAGUCUAUUGCAAGCUAAUUGUGUUUACCGUGGUGGAGAUGUCUGCGGCUGCUGAGAUCUAUAAGCACUAUAUGAAGACCUACAAUGAUUUUGGAGAUAUAAUUAAAGAAACCCUGAGCAGGACGAGGCAUAACAACAAAAUCCAGAGUGCCAAGACGUUGAUUCUCUGCCUGCAGCAGUUGUUUCAGAAACAUACAGAAACCCAUGGUAGUACCCACAGCAUGGAUUCGUCUUUCACAAACAUUAAAGAACUUGGUCGUCGCUUUUCACUGACAUUUGGCUGGGAUCAGGUGAAAUCCAGAGAAUCAGUAGCCAUGAUACACAAAGAAGGGAUUGAAUUUGCCUUUCAAGGAGCUGCUGGAGUGGAAGGGAAAUGCCUGCCUCCAAAUUUAAGCUUUCUGUUAAUCAUCAGUGAAUUCUCCAAUAAGCUACUAAAGCCUGACAAAAGAUUAGUGUACGGUUACCUACAGAGGUAUAUAACAGAGCCAGCAUCUUGCAGAGGAGAUGAAUGGCACCCCUUGGUUUGGUACAGGAACUCUUUGCUGGCAAAUGAAGAUGAGGAGAAUUCUGUUAUCAGCAGUUUAAGAGAAUGGUCAACCACAAGCAGAUCUAAGACAUCUUCUUUUAAAAGAAAAUUGUCUAAUGGGUCCCUGCCUGAAACCAGCCACACUGAGACAACAAACAAGACUCCAGACUUCCUGUGCACUCCAGAACUCACUGCUGCAGCAGGGAAAAGCAGAAAGAGGUUGAAGUCUCAAGAUACAAGUCUCCAAGAAUGUCUGCCAUUCUUUUGUCCAGUGGGACUGAGCAGAAGACGUCGCGAAGAUGUGAUCAAGGCAGAAGACUUCUCAGCAGAUGGUGGAGCAGAAGAUGUAGGCGAAGAUGUGGAUGUUGUUGGCGCAGACCAGAAAAUUACAUAUGAUGGAAUAAGCUCUUUAAGAGUGAAGAGUGAAAAAUUCCUGAAAAAUUGGCAUCUAGAACAUUUCAGCCUUUUCAAAAUGAAUUCAAGUUUGACAUAAGGAAAGCUAUUUGGCUAAGAUUCAAAACCAGCCCAAUUUAGCAGUGACAAAAAAUUUCCCAUGGUGGCCCAUGAUGAAAUCAACGAUCCCAGUGAACCCAAAGUCCAUCUCAAUUUCCUCCAGUCACAACUGGUACCAUCUGACAGAUUCAGCAGCAACAUUAAGGAAUGAAUGGCAAAGACAUUAUUACCACCACACCCCUCAAGAUGGUCCUUUCACAGCUGGGCUGAGGCAAUGGCAAAAAAACAGAUGUCUGUACUGCUGCCAUCCAUGUUGAGAAUGCCAUACGGAUAAAGGAUUUUGGUCCCCAGAAAGACUUCAAUUUCACUGAGAUAUAAUAUGUAAAGAGGUUGAGUUAAUCCCCUCGGAUUUUUCUACAAAUGAGCCAAACAAUUCCAACUUUACACUUGUCCUGAUAUUGCAACUUCACUAAAAAUCAAUGCUAGCCUUUAAGUAUGUCAGAAUAAAAAAAACAGAAAAAAAGUUUACUUGAGUUUACUGGAUUUGCACUUUUCAGUUACACCAUAAAGGCUCUCUUGAUGCGAUACAAAAAUGUAAAAGUCACAUCAACAGAAUCACCAAAUAAAAACAAAAAUACCCCAGAUCUCAAACUAAAAAGACAAACAUUUUUCCAUCUCCAAAGUGGUGUUCCUGUUAGCACCACCAAGAGUGCAAUAAACAAUUUCUUUAUAAUUUCCCCCUAAAUUUCAAGGUAACCACCAUCACAUCAGUGCUUGGGUUGAGCCUCUGACAUAACUAGUCACUGAAAGCCUAUGCUGUUGCCCAGGUGUAAUUCGUAAAAGCAAAAUGGCUGAGAACUUGAAAACUGGACAGUUUCAGACCGUGAAUCCCAGUGAUUAUUCAACCUGGUGAUAUUAUAAAUCAAAGGACAUCUCAACCAGGUUGGAAGCUGUUUCCAUCACUUCAAACUGACUCACACAUUCUAUACUUCAGAGCGACACCCCUGGAAUAUUAUUGUAUACAUAGCAUGUUUUAAUCUAUUGUGCCAUCCUGGGGAGUAGAUCUUUAGCCCUUCCCUCUCUAUGGGACUGACAGUAAUGUGCUCUCGGUGCUGUGUGUUGACUGACCAUUUUUACAGAAAGACAAAAAAGGAAAAAAGGAAACAGAAAAAAAGUUAGAGUUGUGAUGCAGCUACUUCAUUCCUUUCCCCCCAAUCUUUGUUAUUUCCCUAGGUAGCAACUUUCAACAAGACUGGCAGGUAGUAAAGUUCUUCAGAUCACAGCUGUCCAUUCUUUCUUCAGGUGGAAUGCAAGGAAGUUAUAAAUUACUGUAAACUCCUUUAGUUAAAAGUUUCAGAGCAUUAGUUUAAACAGUCAGUGUAAAUUUAAUAUAGAGACAAAACGAGGUUUUUUAAGUCCAAGGUUAAGAAAGUGUAAAGACUAAGUCGCAAGACUGGUUUCUUAGCAAAGAAGGAAAAAGGAAUAUGUAAAAAGACUUAGAGAAUGGGAAGAUGACCCAGUAAAACCAAGCAAGAGAAGAAAAUAAUCAAAUUGAAAGUUCUGCAGAGGUUUGGAACAGUAGAUAUUUUUCAAAAAUUGUUCCUUCAAUUAUAUAAAAGUAUACUGCACAUCUGUUGUGCUACAGUGAGAUAAAUAGUAACCUUUUGGUUUACAUGUAGAAGUUUUUGGAUUUUAAAGGCUAUCUGAAAUUUAGAAAGUUAGCUUUGUACAACUAGCGAUAAAUCCUUUCACAGAACUGUUCUCUCCGGAUGGACAAAUUUAACACAGCAGGCAUGCCCACUUCAUCACAACAGAAGCUUCCCUCUUCCCAAAACCACUCAACCAUACCAGCAUUUAAUUUCUCCAAGUUAAAUACUGCUGUGGAUAAACUUGACAUUCUAGAUUUGAGGUUAUUUUGGUAACAGUAAAAACAUCAGGUUUUGUUAUACAAGUCAAAGUUAUCAUUAGUGUGCUAUUUAAAAGACAAAGCACACUAAAUAUGUGCUUCAAUUUUGAUGGCGAUGGUUUACACAUAACUGGUCCCUAUUGUGAAUAUUUAUAUCAGAGUGAUUUUGAACAGGAAGCAGCAAGAUGUCUAAACAAGUUCAAUCUGCAUAAGAAUUGGCACAUGAAGAGUUACAAAACCUGGAGAAAGACUAACCCAAACUGAAAACAAACACCUUAUGAAAUAGUAAGGGAAAAGGUUAUGUUUAAAUAUGAUUUUCAAGUUAGGAUCCCUUUAAUGAACAGAUUACAGAAGCUAAUAUUACCAUGCACAUUUGAUUUUUUUAUGCACUUGUUCAAUUUUCUGAGAGCCUAUAUGGGAUGCAGGCUUUUCUCUUUUUCUUUAUUUUCUUUAAAUAAAAAAAAAGAAAAGUAAAUAACCUUCCUUUGCACUACAGAGGAACCUUCUCUAUUGCUUCAAGUUAGAAAUGGAAAAUAAUGUAAGCCUUCGUACUCGUGAGUGAUACCUGAAAAUGGAUUGAAAAAGAAUGUAUAGUGAUAACAUGAAGUGGAACUGAAUAAAGUAAAUCCUUUGGAAGCUUCCAGAAUCACUGGUCUUAUAUUUCCCCACUUCCCCAACCAGGCAGCAACAAUCAUCUGCCUUGUUACUAAGUAGAUUGUGGCCCUAAAAAGGAAAAUCCACCAAAUUAUCUUGGUUAUCUUUAAGGUCUGAAUCCUUUAGCCCCUUUUCAGGGAGACAGCUGUAGUCCAAGAGCAUGCUGAGGUCUUAAAGAGUAUUUAUGGUUACUCUUUGCCCAUCAAGCAAAAUUGGUUGGUCUCAUUUCCUUCUGGUAGAGUUGAUUAAAGAGGGAGAAAAGGUGGUUUUGGAACAGGAAGGUGAAUGUGUCUCACCUUUCAGUAAUUAGAAAUAGUCAUCUGAAGGGUGACCAACAAAUACAACUCCUUCCCCAAAGUGGUCAGUUUUCCUGAGCUUAAUCUCUAGAUCUUUGAAGCAGAGAAAUACCUUCAGAAUGUUUUUUCUUAUGCAACAGAUAUACAAUAGCCUUUUGGGGCUGAAGACUAUGGCCACAGCAAGAGCUCAGCCCCAAACCAUCCAUGUCAAAGCAAUUUUCAACACUAUCAUCGUUGGAAAGAAAGGUCAGGGAUGGUUUCUAGGGCAUACCAAAGAGGAAACAGAAUGCUAGGACAGUAACCCCCCACUGACUCCUCAGCAGCAAGUACAAAGCAUGCCCCUGGCACUGAACCAGACUACCCUGCAAGGUGAAGCAGCUGUAUCAAAGCAUUACACACUCUUAUUUCCCUUGAAUAAUCCUGCCACAACUAUUCCAAAGCCUCCUUUAGCAUUAAGUAGGGGCACAGACCUAGGCUUCCUCAUCUUCUAGAAGUACCGUGAGGGAUGUUACAGAAAACAAAGAGCCUCCCCUCCCUGCCCCUUCAGCAUCAAGGAAGUAGUAUGCACUAAGGCCACCCUCACCUUUUAUGCAACUGAAUCUCUGAUUGAAGAUUUCUAUGAGCUGUUUUAGGAAGUGGUCUCAAGUCUCUAGGAUGGCACCAACUCGGAUGUCUCUUUAAUCAUCUUAAGCAGAAAGAGUUCAAGCAUUUACUUCCCAUCCUUAUGGGUGCAGGAAGUGAAGACAACAAAGGCUGCACACUACCCUGGGGAACUAUUUCCAUUCAGGUACUAAGGCUGCUGAUCCGGAAUCAAUAAUUUGGAACAGAAUUAUGUACAACAUUUAAACCCAGAUUUCUUGAUGGGAUCAGUUACACCUACAACACUGAACACAAGGUCAACAAGCUCAUACCAAAAAUUGAGUACAGAAAAACCAAAUUUAUGGUACAUUAGUUACAGCCAAUCAAAAGCUGUAGGUACAGGAUUGGUUUUUGCUUUUCUAAAGAAAAAAGGAAAUAACUACAAGUUUUGACCCUCAGUUCCACCUUUCAGAUGAAGGUCAGAAGGAACUGAGGAACUACUAAAGUUGCGCUUCUUUGUAUGUCCUCCCUGAAUGAAUGGGAAGGUUCACCUGGAUGGUCCCUAUGAUCACUGCUUUCUAGAGCAUUCAGUAGGAUGUCCUAGAGCAUAUGUACAUCUUAUCAAGAAGGAGCCACACUGAAAAUACUCAAAAGAAGGGCUAUUUCUGUUCUAAAUAAGACAACCUAUUAAAAAUGCACUUAGACAAAAACGGUAAGUUUAGAAAACCUGACCUAUGAGGAAAGAUUUAAAAACUUGGCAUGUUUAGUCUUGUGAAAAAAGACUGAGGGGGAGCUGAUAGUCUUCAAACAUGUUAAGGGCAGUUGCAAAGAGGACGGUGAUCAACUGUCCUCUAUGUCCACUGAAAAUAGGACAAGAAGUAAUCAGCUAAAUCUGCAGCAAGGGAGAUUAAGAUUAGAUAUUAGGAAAACUAUCCUUAUAGAGAAAAAGUUUAAAUAUAUUAACUAUGUUAGAUAUUAGGAAAAACCAACUACAAGGAUACCUAGGUACUGGAUUAGGUUUCAAAGGGAAGCACUUGACUAGGUUGCCAUCCUUAGGGGAUUUUAAGAACAGGUUAGACAAACACUUGUUAGAGAUGGUCUAGGUGUUUUGGUUGCCUCAGCACAGGGAGGAUGGAUUGACUAGAGGUCCUUCCAAUCCUAUAUUUCUAUGACUCUCUAAUUCCACACAGAUGAAUAAAAAUCCCAAAUUACUGUCUUAAUUCUAACAAUUUAAUUAAUGUGGAAUAUUUGUUCACACCUAAAAAAUACUGCUAAGAGUCCUGCUAAUGGAAAGCAUAAAUUUGUUUGGAUUGAAAACCUCAUAUGACACGGUUUACUCUUGCCGCUGUGACUUUCAGUUGGAGGUUAUCCUUCAUUUUCUUGCUUGUGCUAAAAAUCUGUCUAUAAAUUAAACUACCAAAAAAGACUUGUUCAGCCAAGUGAGAAACUCCACCACACAACUUGCAAAACCACAUACAAUUAUGAAAUAUUUGGAGCUAAAAGGAGAUUUAAAAAAAAGAGUUACAUUUCAAUGAAUGAUUUGCAUGUGUUGAAGUCUCACAGUAUGAUGUCAAUUUGACAUAUUAACCUUUGCAAUGAACAUAUGUAAAAGCCAGAAUCAAUAGUCUGAUUGUACUGCCAAGUCUCCAUUUAAUUUAGUUUUAUAUUAAUAGCCUGAGUUGCAAUUCGCAAUUCAGAAAGCCAAAUAAUAAGUUUCCUCUAAAAUAUGAUCAGCUAAUGAUUUACAAUUUUGUAAUAUUGCAAAUAAGCUUCUGUAAGAUUUACCUUGAAAAGAGAACGUAAGAUCGUCCCUUUAAUACACGUGGUCAAUUUUCACCCCGGCAUACAAAAAGCAUAAAGGCUUUGGGUAAAUUCAGACUAUAAAGUGUUUCUUUACUCUUACUUUGUAAAAGUGGUGAGAAGGUUAUAAUUUAUUUAUUUUUGCAGGAAGUGGCAAAGGCAUUUCUUCAUUCCCUUUGCUAGUUUCAAGAAUAUUCCCUACUCUUUGAUAACAUCUGAGAGUAUGUCAGCAUCAGAUGCAUUACUCCUACAGCCCUUCAAUAACAAGAGGCAGGAAUUACAUCACAUCAUCAAGCAGGCUGAAAGGAAACAUGCACAUCCCCACCCACCCCAGAAAUAAUCUUCUGACCCUCUCUUGCCUGCUUAGUUUCUCUCUCCUUGUAAAGGUAGACAAAAAAUUCUAUUCCAGCAGCAAAUUUGGCUUUGAGCAAAACUGAGGAAGCAAGGAGAUUAGAAGCCAGAUGGGCCAGUUUCUAAAUAUGGGGGAACCAGCUGUUGCUUUCCCUGUUUCCUUAAGAUGAUUUUUUAAGGGGAUGCUUAUCCCAAUCACUCUCCCAAGUAGAGAUCUCUGGAUGUUACACAACUUGGACUGCCUUGGCUACGGUACACUUCUUUUGGUGAGACAUGGAUGCCUGCUCCUUCCCCUGCCUGCCUGCCUACUAGGUUACUGGGAUCUGGAGUAUUUGCAGCUGGUCAGAGGGGCCCAUCCUAUCCACCAUUACCGCAAGACUUUAGAAAUGAGAACCCAUUUCCUCUCCUUCCUGACCUAAAGUAACUUAUUCUUGAAAUCAAGAAAAGGGGAAAAGCCUCUUCUCCCCUAUUUUUAAAAGGCUGUACACUUUUCAGGAUGGCAACUCUGUGUGAGAACUACCACAUUAAAGAAAUAAAUGCAUAACCUCAUUGAACUAACUGACUAAGUCUCAAUUGUUUACAGAGUGAAGGUCAAGAGAAAGUGAGUUAAAUACCAUUAAGGGUUGGGGGGGGGGGGAGGGAAAUCAAGCAUACUUACCUACUUAAAAAUAUAUUUAGACAACAUGCUGAUCAAGAUGCCACACUGACUAAACAAUUCUCAGUAUUUGCACUGUUUUGACAUGAUACGGUACUUAGAAUAACUGAAUGAAUUUGUCCUCAUAUGGCAGUGCUUGUGUUUUAUGGUAUCAGCUUAGACAUAUGUAGCUUUGUUAUAGUUUACGCGUAGAGAUUUAUAAGGGAAAAAAAGGGUAUUUUCUAGUGUUAAAUCAACAGCCCUGGUACAUUCCAUAGAAGGCAGAUCUCAAGAACAAGAUUCUACUCAGUAUUAGGACUUCAGGUGAUGGAAAACAGAUUAACAUAAGAUUAACAUAAGAUCCAGAAUUUCUUACCACACGCUGUAAAGUAUGGGCAAAAGUUUAAGUUAUCACCAGGGUGUAUUUGAUUUAAAUCAUGAUUUAAAUCACUAAUCAGGAAGACUCGAUUUAAUCUGAUUUCUACAUAAAAGUGCGUACUUGUUGGUUGUUACCAACCUGAAGAUCCUGUAUGUUCAGAUGUGUUCCUUUCAUCAUCUUCAGCGCAGCUUCCUCCUGAGAAGGAACACUUCUCAUGAUGUUGUUUCAUUUGGGCAACCAGGCCUUGCAUUUCUUUGUUGCACUGUUUGCAUUUUGCACGCAUGCCUGUCACCCACAGGUAGAGGAACUUCAUUAAAAUAUUCCAAAACUGGGUCUCUCUUACAGCCUGUUGCCAUUAUAGGUUUUCCCUUCUAGUGAGAGAAUGGUAUGGUAGGUCUCAAAUCAAUGAAGACUACCCUCAGAAAGACCUCAAAGACUUCUGGAAUAUGCUGCUCAAACAGUUUCACUUUUGUUUCUACUGCCUGUCCCUCCCUUCUCACAUUUAUCUCCAGACUUCUUUUCCUUGUCCAGAUCUAUUGCGGCCCCAACAAUCUUCUACUCAGUGAACUUUUUGAAGCUUUGCACUUUUAGAGAGAGGUAAGGGAUUGACUCUGUACACAAAUUUGCAGAGGAACAAUAGGCUUGAGGUCUCUUAUUUCUCACUUCUAUUUUAUUUAUUUAAAAACAUUUUUGCUGUUAACAAGCAUGUUAUCUCUGGAGACAAAUCCAUCGUUUGAGAACUGCAAAACUAAGCAUCUCUGAUGGUACCUUCUAAACUGAGUACUGAGUCCCACUGGGUAGAUAGAAAGAUUAAUCUAAAUAAUCUAUACAGAAUCCCCUGGAACCUCAUAAGAUUGGGUCCCUAAUCCAUGAAGUAUUGGAACUCAUUUAUAAAAUUUUCUUAAACAUUACAUGAAUAUAUUGUCUCAUACUAUAGAAUUAGAAUUUAUAUCCUAUUCCAUGAAGAGAUAUAUUUGACCUAUAAUGCAUCUUAAUUAAAACUAUCUUUAGAUAGGUUUUUCCCCCCCUCAAAGCAUUAUCAAAAAUCUGAAUUAAAAAAAAAUUGGAUUUAAAAAAAAUUGAUUUUUAUCCACCCAGGUCUGUCACUUUUAAGAAGCGGUGCAUCAUAGCACCUUAUUCUGAAAAGAUAGCCAAGUCAAAAACAGUAAUUGAAGGUUUAAAAGUUUCAGAAUGCAAGAGCUACUUUAACAGGGUAAAGAUUUCUGGUCCUGCAGAAGUUUUCUUUUCCUUUUUUAAGAUAGGUGAUGUAACAACAGUAAGGGGGUUUGCAAUCCAUUUUACUUAAGACACUGCUUUUAAAUUCAUUUAGUUUUAGAGACUUAUUUGUAGAUCACAAACUUUAUUCAAAUGCUAUGUGGAUUUAAAAAAAGUAUGAAAAUAAAUAUUUGUUGGUGUAUAUUACUCAUCUACCUUUUGAACCCAAAACUUAUUGCAACAACCCAUUUUUAGGUCUUAUGAGCAAGCCUAAACAAAUAAAACUCAGCAUUUAACUCCCUUCUCUCUCAUUUGAGUGACGUAUGUAAUUUCAACAGAUGCACUAAAGAACAGUCAAAAGUAUGAUCAAAGUUUACAACUAUUUCUACUGCAGAAGACCCAAAAGCCUCAAUCGGGAAAUUCAGAGGGGAUGAAAUUUCCAUUGGGGCGGGGGGGGGGAAGAGGAAAGUAAAUUAGUUACUAGGCUCUCUAACCUCUUAUCCCACAUUUUUCAGUCAAUAAGAUAAUUAACCCUCAUCUUCAGUUCUGAAUGAAGUUUCUGUUUGAAUUUAAUAGCUAUUAUAAUGCAGAGUUUCUCAAAACGGCUAUUUAUGCUCUGCUUACAGUACUGAGACAUCAUAUAUGCUAUUCAGUCCCUGAAUAUAAAAUGCUGAGCCUGUAUUAUAUUGUAAUCCUUAUGAAAUAAAUUUCUCAUUUAGCAAAAUGUGGUACAUUCUUACAGGAUAGUAGUGGACUUACAGCUACAAUAGAGUAGGGAUACAAGAAGAUGGAGCCCAACACUCCUUUAUGAGCUGGUUUAUUGUUCCCAUCUAUUUGAUUUUCACACAAUUACACUUUGUGCUUUCUCUAGCAAAGUUAAAGUCACAUUAAAAUUAACUUCUGGCUUUAUGACACAGCGAGGCAGGAAACAUUCCUGAAGAACUUCUGUGUCUAGUUUAUUAGUACAGUGAAACUCAAGUUCCACCUACCUAUAGAUCAAUUGUCAGAAUACAAAGGGAGACUCCCUGCCCCCCAAAACACCAUCAGUAAAUUUUUUGAAUGCAAUAGCCACAUCCACUUGCAGUUGUCACCUUCCCCUCCGUGUAGAUGACACUAGCAGGGUGCAUAUGAAGAUAUUAUUUUAAACUUCUGCUUUGCUUUAUCGAAGGUGCUGAAAACAAGAUCUGGAUUCUUCCACAUAAACUAGCAUAUACCUUGAGACGCUUACAUGUAGAGAAAUUUGACACCUUUUCUCUCUGCCACUCUCCAGUGACAACUUACUCCGUCUUUCCCAGGAGGAGACUUCCACAGCUGUGACCAUAGCAUGUAGUAGGAUAUUCUACCACCGCAUGAUCCCUAAAAUACCUUACCCUUAAACUAGAUAUGUUUAGCUAGAUGGGGAUAAAUAGGAGUCACCACACAGAAAUUAAGAGACUGGAAUGGGAGGAUUAAAAAAAAUAUGGAAUAGAGGACAGUUUUCCUAGAAAGGUAAUUAUGCGUUGCUGCACUGAGCAGCAGGAAAAACUUGGUUAACAUAAAAUUAUCUAUAUCCACUUCUUUAUUCAGUACAGGAGUUCACAAGAUAGAAUUUGACAAAUAAUCUUUGUGUGUCACUGUUAGAGCUAGUCAAACAAAAUCCGAGACUGGCUUAAUUGUUUCAUAUACAGAAAGCUCAGAAGCAGCAUUAUUAGCUGAAGCUAAACUGAUGAGUGCUUCAACAGAACUCAUAAGCAAGACUACCUAGCUGUCCUUCAUUACUAGGACAAUGUAGCAUUACAGGGCUGAAGCCAUGCCCCCCAUCACCCUCAAAAACAGAAUUGCUCUACUCAAGUAACAGGUAGGCUUCAGUUACCUACAUAAUGAGCAAAGGAACUGCCAAACUGAAUUAUAUCAAUAGUUCAUCUUUACUGUCUUGUUCCUGAUCCAGUAGAGAGUAGUGUUCUGCAAAGUUAAGUGAUCUUUCUUGGGGCUCUUCCCAGAGAACAAUCUUGGAAACAAGGAGGUCUUACUUCUGCAAGUUUAUAGACUAGGGGAUCUAGAAUUUUCAGUGUGGAUGACAAAGAGAUAAUUAUGGGAACUAGCAUCCUCCUGUUCUUGAUCACAUAAAUCCCAACUACAGCAACUGCCUAUGCAGAAAAGUUAUUUUAAGGAAUAUAUUUUAGCGGUCUCAAAGUGAUUUAGCAAGCAGAAUGAGGAGCCAGCAACAUGACUAGUGAGCUAUUUGCAGACCCCCGGCAGGAUGCUUCUAAUUCUGCCUGGAGUGAUGUCAGAAGAAGUCCACUGAUCAAGACUUUUGAAUGGAUCAGGAGCAAAAAGGAAGCAAGAUACUCUAAAAGUUGAUAAAAGGAUCUGGACGGGACUUAAGCCAUUAUGAAAGUACACCCUCAAGGAACAAGUUUGUUACUAGCUAGGAAACACUUUUUGAUGAAGGAAGACUCCACUCGUGUCAGGAAUGGAAACACAUGGCCACCCCAAACUUAAAAAUAAAAUCGGGGAGGAAGGGCUAAAUUGAAGUUGCUUCAAACAAUUCCAAGGUAGGAAGGUAAAUUUACAACCAAUAUUAUGUUCUGAACCAGUACAGAGAAUGAUUCUUCUGCAGUAUCUAUUCUGUGACUUCAGGUAGAGAUCAACAUAUCCUAUUUUACAUAAAUCAAAGCCAUGAUUAUACUAUUCCUUACGUAUGUUUCAUUCUUGCAGACAAACCAGAAGGACUUAAGCUUUGCAUCCUGAGAGCUCAGAAUCCACUUUAUGGGGACACUUUCCCUCCACCACACAUCCUUUAGAAACUCUUGAGAAUUUAGUAUUUUCCUUAAUAAAGGGAGGUUUUGGGGUUUGGGUUUUUUUGAUAAUUUAACAUUUACAAUAUUGCUUCUGCAGAUAAACCCUCCUUCUCCAAAACAUUCCAAAAAGAACCACCUUUUUUCCCCCCCAUUGUCAAAUAGUAUGAAAGAGCUCUUAUUCAGGCUCUCUUUGAUCUUAGAAAUUAGGUGGUCCUUCAGACUGGACUGGAGCUACCAUAGUAUGUUAACUGAUUAGACACUGAAGUCGCCUAGUGGUUUAGGUGGGGCAUUGAGACAAUAAAGGCCAGUCUACCUUGGAAACUUUUGGCAUUUACAGUACACAUUCAAGUGCCUGGAAUACUGUCCACAUGAGUGCUUCGCAAGAGUACAGAAUAUCAUUUCAUCACUUGCACUAUCUCUACGCAAGUCUUGUACACACUUUAGAGACAUCAGUUCAAUUGAUCAAUGUAGAAGGGAAGUGAUGGCAUCACAGGUACACUUGUUCAGCUGUCCUCCCAGGGCAGUCACAAUGUUCUAACUCAAUUCUGCAACCAUCCUCGACGAAUGUUCUGUGCAUUCUGGUUUAUGUGCCUGGUGGCAGCCAAGGGGUAAAUUAUCCAUGAAGGCCCUUGCUUACAUACAACAUUGUAUAUUCAUCUCAAUUAUAGCACAUAAUUUUGUCACCAACAUCCACAGCUGAGAGAUCUCAGAAUUCUUGUGUAUUCUAUCUGCAAGUUUUGGAUCCACAAUUUAUUUCCAUGUAAAACUCCUCUUAUGGUCAGGAUGCUACUGGCCCAAGGCAGAUUAAAAUGUACCUGGAAGCAGAGGCAAUUAUGCAAUCCACAGUGAUUUUAAGUACACCAACUGGAAGAGAGUGGAGUACGAAAGUGUUCCAGUGUCCGUGUGAAAUGGUCAACUGCAGCAAAAGCAAUGAAGUGACAAGACAAAAAAAAACAAAAACAAAAAAAUCAGCCUGAGAGUGAGAUUCAGAGCAAUGACUAGACUGGGGUUCUCAAACUGGGGGUCAGGACCCAUCAAGGGGUCAUGAGGCUAUUACAUGGGGGGUCGUGAGCGGUCAGCCUCCAUCCCAAACCCCACUUUGCUUCCAGCAUUUAUAGUGGUGUUUAAUAUAUUAAAGAGUGUUUUUAAUUUAUGGGGGGGGUGGCACUCAGAGGCUUGGUAUGUGAAAGGGGUCACCAGUACAAAAGUUUGAGAACCCCUGGACUAGACUUUCAGGGUGGGAAGUCUGACUCAUCCCUUCAACAAGUUAAAGCACAAUUCUCAUCCACAAGAUGUCUUAAGUUUGUCUGGGAACUUAACAGCAGAGGCCCACAGUAGAAUGUUGCUGAGGGCAGUGUUCAGAAUGACAGGGAUGGGAACUAGGACUAAGAGCUCAAUGACUCAGACUAUUUGAUCUUCCACCCUAGAGAUGAAGAGCUCUCCAUGUAGGAUUUCACUGUGUGCUUGAUCAGGGAUGUACAGUAGAAGUCAAGUUUAGCAAUUCACAAGGCCCAGUCAUUGUUAUUGUAAGGGUGGAUAUAGCAACCAGCAAAGUUGAAUAUUAGUAAGUUUGUCCCUCUUUUUCCAUUAAGGGGGAUAAAAUAAGCAAGGUAUGGAACAUCUUCUGGUGGCUGAUUAAUACCCAAAACACUGAAAGCCUCAUUUCCCAGAUAAACCAACUGGUUCCCACCCAUUAUCCUUGGGACCAGAAUUCCACCUCUCCUCUGAAGCCAGUUACGAGCUACCAAAAUAUUCCAUGUUGGUCGAAAUGGGCAACUUUGAGGGCAGAAGUUGACAGAAAUUCCAGAAUUCCAUAUGCUGUCAUAUUUCAAAGCCAAGUGUUCAAAACUAGUUGCCCAAACAGUAUUAUUACCAGAACAGAAGCCAGAUCUAUUUAUUCCACUGAAGUACUUCAGUGCCAAUCGAGAAUCUGUUAACUUCUAAUUUAUUAGCCAGUCCUUCUGCUGCUCCCUGUCAGGAUCAAGCCUACUAUCUAGUGUAAGUAACAGUUUUUACAUGUUUUCUGCCACCAAACUGCAGAACAAGUAGUUCAUCUAUCUACUUUUCUAGAGCAAUGGAGGAUGCCAGGUAAAGCAGCCUUCCACAAGCUUCACUGAAAUUGAUAUGACCCCUCCACCAUUACAGGGUCGCAGAAAUGGUCUACCUAUAACUCUACUGCAAGAUUAUCUGCAUGUCCUUGGAUGACUGGAGACAAGAUCUCAUAACGCAAUCGUUUACUGGACGACAGGCAGGUGUCACCUGGAAGAGUACCAUCAAGUAUUUUUUCAUCCAAUCAAGAAGGAUCCAAGAAGCCUAAUAGAGCCUACCAAGACAAAAAGCACACUGAAUUGACCCAAUCCAGAUAGCCCAGCAGAGGGCAUAUUACAAUCUAUUGGAAAUGGUGUCUCACUUGGGAGACUUAAUGGGGUAGAACUUGGGGAAUACCGCUAUCUGUUUUUACCAAAUUUGAUCUCUGCAGACUAUAAUCAACGAGUUCACACAUUAAAACUGAAAUUCCAUUCAACUUCUUUAGAUACAUGCAAAUUCAGAGCACUGAGCAAGAGUACUCUAAAAAUAUUUUCAGUGAAUUUAUAUAUGCACACAUAUGUAGUGGAAUAUUGGCACAUUAUUGUGUAACAAGCCAGCACACAGGAAAAAAAUAAAAAAUGUGUACAACUGGCAAGUCAACUGAUUUUCAGUAGAUCAGCAACAAAGAUCAUAAUCCCUCCCCACUCAGGUACAUUAGAUGUAAUUUAAAAAGUAGUAAAAAGCACACCAACCAACAGCUCUUCAGCUACUGCUAAAUGACAUUUCACCACUGUAGAAUGCAUCCAGUACCGUCCUCACUUAUGACUGCAUUUACAUUCAACACUAGUCCCAACAGGUAAGAAACCCAGACCCUAAAUGCUAUACUUGCACCACUUGUAAUUUCAGAAGUACAAAGACUCUGUUCUCCUUGUUCUUGUUCCUUUCGGUCCUUGAUUUAUUAAAACAGGCUUGGGCAAGUAUGCAGCCUUACUGGGAACUGAAGUACAACUACUGCUUCUGUGUUGUGUCAGUACUGCGGCUGCUGAGAUACUGCUUUUAGUUGUUCUGCUGUGCUGCUGAAGUACUGCUUAUGAUUAACAGAACUUUAAUUUAAAAAAAAAUAAAAGCUGAUCAUCAGACAUUCUGUUCUAUGAUCAUUUUUGGAGUUUCUAGAAAGUCACCAACAAUCAAUACUAUGAAGAUGUUGGUAUCAACUUACAAAUAUAAAAAGUCCGUAUC